UUGAUUGAUUGUGUAAGAGAAUUAAAAUUAAAGAGAUGGAAAAACUGUCUGAAUUCAUUAAAGAGAAGAAGAUGAAUUUAUUAGACGUGAUUUCAACCAGCAAGCCAUAUAAACCCAUGCUUUGUUCUACUGCAAUACAAAGUUGCAUAGCUCCAUCGCCAAUAAGACGCAUUAGACAAAACCCACCAACAAAUUAUGUCUUCAAGAUCCAAUCUUAUUCCACGAUUUCAAUAUACGAAAGAUGCAAAUCUCCUUCUUUUGGAGAAAAGGAAACUGGAUAUACAUGGCAGUUGUGUUACUACCCGAAAGGAAAGAAAGAAGGUGGUAAAGGUUAUUUUUCUAUCUACUUGUUAAUAACAGAUACAGAUAAGCUUGGAACUGAUUGGGAUGUUAAGGUCGACUUCAGAUUGUUCUUGUUCAAUCAUUCUAAGAAGAAUUACUUAGUUCAAGGUAAAAUGCAACGUUGUUUUUCGUCUUGA